AUGCGAGCGUUCACCCCUCCGUUUUCCUACGCCGCGUGUCUCCUUCUCUCCGUGGCGACCGACGGGAUCCGCGUCUCCUCGUUGAGACUCCGUCUCCGUGCACCCCACGCUGCGGAUGCUCUCCGCGUCCUUCCUGGCUCGGCUGCUCUGGGUGGCUCUCCCAACCCCCAGCAAGUAGGAGCAGGUAGAUCCACAGGGGUGGUUUUUGACUCUGGGGAUGGAGUGAGCCACAGUGUGCCUGUCUUUGAGGGCUACUGCCCACCUCAUGCUGUGCAGCGCUUUCCUCUGGCUGGUGGAGAUGUUACUAUGGAGCUUAAAAAGCUCCUUCAGGAGCAGGGUGUCUGCCUGCGCACCACUGCAGAGAUGGAGAUUGUGAGGGAGAUAAAGGAGAAGUGCUGCUGCGUGGCUCUGAACUAUGAAGCGGAGCUGAAGCACAGGGGGCCGUCCAGUGCAGAGAUGCAUUACACCAUGCCAGACGGCCAGAUUAUCUGCCUCAGCACGGAGAGGUUCAGGGCCCCUGAGAUUCUCUUGAAGCCUGAGCUGAUUGGACGUGACCAGUACGGGAUGCAUGAGAGCGUUUUCAAGUCGAUCCUUGGUUCAGACAUUGACCUGCGGCGGGGCUUCCUGGGGAACAUUGUUCUGUCAGGUGGAAAUACCCUGCUACCCGGCCUGCCCGAGCGGCUCCAGGCUGAAAUCAGAGGCAUGGUGCCUGCAGACCUGGUGGACUGCGUUCGUGUCUCCAUCCCUAAAGACAGAGACUUCUCUGUGUGGAGCGGAGGAGCAGUGCUGGCCAUCCUGCCAACAAUGCCAAAAUUUGUCACGCCCUAG